GGCUGGAUCCUUAGAGCCCCUCGAGAUGCGGGUGCUGCGGUUGUGAGCCGGGCAAACAACCUUUGGGAGCCGCGGUGAGACAGCCGGAUCACACCUGGUUCUCGGGAGGAAGAUCCCGUGUUGGGGUGAAGCUGGUGGAGCGGCAGGAGCGAAUCCCCCCCGUGGGAACGUCGGGGCCGAGCUUUGCGGGGCGAUGGCGGCGGAUCGGAGCUCACGCGUUCCAGUCGCAACCGGAGGAGCCGGGCAAGCGGCUCUUGGGCUCCAUGGAGGCGGCGAGGACUCGGGUUACAGCUCCUGGGGCUCCUGGAAGGACCCGCCUAUGGGAGGACUCAAGGAGGGCCGGGCUCAUCGCAAGCUCUUGCAAACUUGCCUCCCAGGAGCGCUGCGGGAUGGACUCUGGAUCGCUGGGCUAAAACUUCCCUGCGAGGCGGUCGGCUCUUGUUUAACCCUUGGAAAACCGCUCUGGAGAUGGGGAUCCCCCGGCUGGAUCGCUGCUCACGGAGGAGGGAUCGAUGCUGAUCGAUGCUCGGAUGCGGUGGUUGUGUUUCCAGGACAGCAGCGAUGAAGCACUGUUUCUACAAUGAGACCGUGGGCUUCUUCUACAACAACAGCCGCAAAGAGUUGACAACGUACUGGAGGACCAAGGACGUGCUGGUGGUGGCCCUGGGCCUGACGGUGAGCGUCAUUGUGCUCCUCACCAACCUGCUGGUCAUCACCGCCAUCAUCAUCAACCGGCGCUUCCACUACCCCAUCUACUACCUGCUGGGGAACCUGGCGGCCGCCGAUCUCUUCGCCGGCAUCGCCUACAUGUUCCUCAUGUUCCACACGGGGCCCCGGACCGCGGAGCUCUCCCUCAAGACCUGGUUCAUCCGGCAGAGCCUGCUGGACACCAGCCUGACGGCCUCCGUGGUGAACCUGCUGGCCAUCGCCGUCGAGAGGCACCAGACUGUGUUCACCAUGCAGUUGCACAGCAAGAUGUCCAACCAGCGCGUGAUGAUCCUCAUCUUCUGCAUCUGGGUCACGGCUCUGCUGCUGGGGCUCAUCCCCUCCUACGGCUGGCACUGCCUCUGCGCCCUGGACAAGUGCUCCAGCAUGGCCCCGCUCUACAGCAGGAGCUACCUGACCUUCUGGGCCAUCUCCAACCUCGUCAUCUUCCUCAUCAUGGUGGUUGUGUACACGCACAUCUUCAUCUACGUCAAGAGGAAGAUGACGCGCAUGUCCAAGCACACCAGCUUCCACCCCCGCUACAAGGAGACCAUGAUCAGCCUUGUCAAGACGGUCACUAUCAUCCUAAGUGCUUUUGUCAUCUGCUGGACCCCAGGCCAAGUCGUGCUCCUCCUGGACGGCCUGGGCUGCAAGAGCUGCAACGUCCUGGCCGUGGAGAAAUACGUCCUGUUGCUGGCGGAGAUCAACUCGCUCAUCAACGCCAUCGUCUACUCGUACAGGGACAGCGAGAUGCGCAGCACCUUCCGGAGGAUCCUCUGCUUCGUGUGCUACAGGAAUUCCAAAUACACCCCCACGGUGGUGAAGCUGAACACCGCGGACCGCAGGACACUUUCGCAGAACGGCCACUUCACUGUGGAUUCCUCCAUUUAGCUCUCGGUGGAGCGGAAGAGCGACGUGGUCCUGAAGCACAGGCUCGAGCAGAAGUAUUUCCAGCGAUACUUGUCAGCGGGAAAGGACAAGAGAGGACAAGAGAGGCUUCGCUCAGCCCCAAAACUCCAAAGCUGAGGCAGAGAACGGAAAAGGAAGGAAAAGCCAGGCCUAAAGCUUUUAAGGACGGGGUGUUGUUUAGGACGAACACACUGAGUAGUAUUCAUAUUAAAGACAGCUGUUUCUAACGCCGAGUUGAUUUAAUUUAGCAGCGUCUAGUACGUGGGGCGCGACAGGAAUCUCGUGUGGUCUCUCAACCAGCAAAGCGGUUUCUCGGUACUUCAGUAUUAAUAUCGGUGGAAAUGGUUGUUCGGUGGGAGCGUGUUCCAAAGAGCUUUAUGUUGCUUCCUAAGCAGAGCUGCUCAGUGUUUGCUCAGAGUCCGACAUGAGUCGCGUUCCACCACCUUCAGUGCUCACGUUCUUCUUGCGGCCUCUUCCGAGAGGAACCUGUUGGUUGAGCAGCAGAUUCCGGCCUUCCCAAGUGUCUCUUGUUGAAUUUCCAAGCGUUCUUAGCUUUUGGAGCACCUAAGUCUUUCCUAAAAUGGUGCUGGAACUACCUGCGGGUGUUUGUGUUCUAAGCGGUACCGCGCGGUGUUCAAGUUCAUUGCCCAUUUGUACACGUGGAGCGAGUCGUGUUCCUGUUAAACCAUCCUUCUACUCACCCCAACCCCUUUGGGAUGGGCUCAGGUUGGAUUCCAAGGCAACCGGAGGUUUUGAAGUGAAGGUUGUACCUUAAUACUCCACUGUCCAAACAUCUUUCUCUCAGCAAAGCGCCGUGAGGAAUCAGCAAUAUUAAUAUCGGUGCACGUAGGAUCUAUUUCGAGUCCAUUUGAUGAGCGAUGAACACUCUUGGUUGUGCGGGCAGAGGAUGAAUUUGCAGCUGAGAAACCAUAAAUACUUCACCUUCACGGUGUUAAACUUCUAAUGGUGUGAAUGUGUCCGUGUCAGCCCAAAAUCCAAAGUUAGGAACUCUGUGAUGACUAAGUUGUGAGAGCAGGCCGAGCUUAGCAGGUUUUAAGUGUUGUCUAAAUUAAUAACUCCAGGAUAUUUUACAAUAAACCAACCCUGUUCUGUCGGACGAUCCUGACACCACCUUGCUGGCUUGGCAGAGGAGACAAUCAACCAGACACUUCGUUACUCAGGUGUGUGUCUUGCAGAACGCGGUCAGGUUAAGCCGAGUCUCCCGGCUUGACUAAACCAGCCUUGGAAUGCAGCUCCCACCUCGGUGUCCCAGAGACUUUUGGAAUAAAUGUGUUGUGCUGCGUUUUAGGAAA